AUGAGCAACAAAGAUGAGGCCCUUAGAGCGAAAGAUUUAGCAGAAGAUUGGAUGAGAAAAGCAGAUUUCUCAACUGCUCGUAGAAUUGCAAUGAAGGCUCAGAAAAUGGAUGGAAGUUUGGAGAAUAUUGUUCACAUGAUAAUGGUGUGCGAUGUGCAUUGUGCAGUGUUGGAUAAAUCUGGAGAUGAGAUUGAUUGGUAUAAGAUUCUCCAGGUUGAUCCAAAUGCAGAUGAAAAUACCAUCAAGAAACAGUACAAGAAGCUUGCCCUUCAUCUCCACCCCGACAAGAACAAACUCCCUGGUGCUGAAUCUGCUUUCAAAUCGAUUGGCGAAGCUCAGAGGGUUCUUCUGGACAAAGCCAAAAGGAGGCUUCAUGACAUGAAACGCAAACCCUUCAGAAAGCCUGCACCAGCAGCAGGACCGUCAUAUCAACCCCAACAAGCCCCGGCCACGGCUUAUUACACUCAUCCUGUUUUCCAGACAACCACUAAUACAGCGAGGAACAGCUUCACUACGGGUUUGAGACCUGAAAACCUGCAAAAACCUCAAGCUCAACCAACUGAGUUUAGUGGUGGACUGACCUUUUGGACCUCAUGCGCCUUUUGUGGCACAAAGCAUGAAUUUCAGCGGGGAUUUAUCAACAAAUGUGUGACUUGUGUGAAAUGCAGUAAGCAAUUCGUUGCAUUUCAAGAAGCUUUCCAAGGUCCAUCUGUUCAGGCGACAUUCCCUUUCCCCCAACAGAACAAGGUUCCAACUCAAGAGGCUGCCAAGGCAGCGCAGAAGCAGCCAGAGAAUUCUGUAAGAAUUUCCCCAAGAAAAGAGGGUUCUAGAGCAAAAAGCUCGGGUACUGCUGCUGCUGCUCAGGACAUCAAUGGGAAGAGAAAGAGGAAGAAGAUAGUUGAAUCCAGUGACAGCUCUUCCAGCAACAGUAGCAGUGAGUGCGAAGAAGUUGCAACUGGUGGACAGCAUUCUCGGAGGUCAGUGCGUAGCAAGCAGCAGGUUUCGUAUAAAGAGAAUAUGAGCGAUGAUGACAAUAUAGAAGAGGAUGCAGAAAGUGCUAAAGAGUCUGAUUUCAGAAAGAAGUCACAUGAGAAUCAUAUGUUUGCAGAAACCUUGCCAAACGGUAUAAACAGGAAGGCGAAGGUUAAAGAAGACCAAGCGGGAAGCUCUCGGGAUUCUGGUGCCUGCAAUGCAGUGAAGGAUUCAAGUUCAGGGAGUGCAUCAGAGGUAGAGAUUGUCGAGUGUGCUGAUCCUGAUUUCAGCAACUUUGAGACGUCGAGGGAAGAGAGGUGUUUUAAAGCUGGCCAGAUCUGGGCGAUGUAUGACAAUGAUCGGAUGCCUCGAUAUUAUGCCCUUAUUAGAAAAGUCAGAAGGAAACCUGAUUUUAUGCUUAAAAUAACAUGGCUAGAGGCUAAACCAGAUGAUGAGAAAGCAAAACAGUGGGUUCAUAAAAAGUUGCCGGUGUCUGUUGGUAAGUUCGAACUUGUUGGAGAUGAGGAGACAAAUGAAACUCCAUCGUUCUCUCAUCUGAUCCACUGCAGAAUAGGAAGCAUGAAAGAUACUGUCAGUGUAUACCCAAGAAGAGGAGAAACAUGGGCUCUCUUCAAGAACUGGAACAUGAAUUGGUCCUCUGGUCGUCGACAUUCUUUCCAUGAGCAUGAGUAUGAGUAUGAGUUUGUUGAGAUCCUGUCAGAAUAUGUUGAAGGAGUUGCAAUAGAGGUUGGGAUUUUGCGUAAAGUAAAAGGCUUUGCAAGUGUCUUUUGUCGAAUUCCAACGGGUGGUGGAUCAGACAAACGUCAAAUUUGGCCUCAUGAGUUGCUUAAAUUCUCCCACAGGAUUCCCUCAACCAAAUUGACAGGAAAAGAAAGGAAUGACGUUCCUGUUGGUUCUUUUGAGCUUGAUACAGCUGCAUUACCACAAAAGAUCGAAGAAACAGAAGCUGUCCCUGUCUCACGAGAAGCUGCCAUGUCAAACCAAGUCCAUAAUCGCUCUCCACCUUCAUCGGAGCCAGACUGUAUCAUCAUUCCUAAUUUCCAGUUCCAUGACUUCAGUGCUGAAAGAUUAGAGGGAAAGUUUGCAAAUGGCCAAAUAUGGUCAUUGAACUGUAAAGAGGAUGGCUUGCCCAAGUGUUAUGCUAGGAUUCAAAAGAUAGAAUGGAAGCCGGUAUUUAAACUGCAGAUAAAGCGUCUUGAGCUGGAAUCACUUCCUGAGAAUGUUACACAGUGGCGCGACAAAAAAAUGCCAGUUAGUUGUGGAAAUUUCAUCUUAAAGGAAGGCCAGGACGAGACACUCACUAAUGUGACUGGCUUUUCACAUCAGAUUAAGGCUCAACAGCGUAUCAGGGAAAACAAAUACACUGUCCUCCCAAAGACUGGCGAAAUUUGGGCAAUGUACAAGAACUGGAGUAAAACAAUCAAGCUCACCAGCUUGACGAAGUGUGAAUACGAGGUCGUUGAAGUUCUUGACGACAAUGAGAGCCACAUAGAGGUUAUGAUUCUGACACAGGUGGAUGGGUAUAUUUCAGUCUUCAAGGAAAAAAAGGAAGGAGGCAUCGAUAUGAAGAAAUCGAUCCCAAGGUGUGAACUGUUGAGAUUCUCACAUUAUGUUCCUGCAUUCCGGCUAACUGGAGAGAGAGAAGGAGAGCUUAGAGGCUUUGUUGAGCUCGAUCCAACUGCAUUGUCCCGUAACUUACGCAAAUCUUAG